UUCCCUCAUUACGCCUUCCACCGGCAAAACACCGACCCACUCCCUCUCCUUCUAACCGGGAAAUAAACACUGAGCGGCAGCAGCAGGACUGAACGGUGCGCCUCAUCCAUGGUCCUCCUUUGGAUGCAUGUCUGACAGGAGGGUUGGUGUUACUUCACUAAGCAGCUAAGGUGGACCUUAAGUUGAAGGAGAAGGUAGCAACCUGACGGGCCUCCCUGAAAGCAGGGGGCAGCAGCCGACAUGCAGGAAUCCUCCUCUGACAACAAGAUGGCUAAGCAGGAACAGAACUCCAGGCACCUUGAGGAACACAGAGAAACGGAGGACACAUCCGAGAAGACCUCCCCGAACAAGAACCUGAAAUCCCCUCAGAGAGGCUCCAAACGCCUUAAAACAUCCCCCUUCAAGGUGGCACUGCUGGAUUCCUCGGAGUAUGAGGGAGAAAUUGAGCAGAAGCACUCCAAAGGACAGACCCUGAUGGACAUGGUGUGCGAGCACCUCAACUUGUUGGAGAAGGACUACUUCGGCCUGACCUUUGCCGACACAGACACCCAGAAGAACUGGUUGGACCCAUCUAAAGAGAUUAAGAAGCAGAUGCGCAACUCUCCGUGGCACUUUGCUUUCGCUGUAAAGUUCUAUCCCCCAGACCCCUCCCAGCUCACAGAGGACAUUACCAGGUACUACCUGUGUCUGCAGCUGAGGGAUGAUAUCCUGUCAGGUCGCCUGCCAUGCUCGUUUGUCACCCACGCCCUCCUGGGCUCCUACGCCAUUCAGGCCGAGCUGGGAGACUACGACCUGGAUGACCAUGGCUCUGAUUACGUCAGCGACUUCCGCUUUGCUCCCAAUCAGACUCGUGAUUUAGAAGAAAGGGUGAUGGAGCUCCACCGAACUUACAAGGGAAUGACACCUGCAGAGGCUGAAAUGAACUUUUUGGAGAACGCGAAGAAGCUGUCCAUGUAUGGGGUGGACCUUCAUCAUGCUAAAGAUUCAGAGGGGAUUGAGAUCAUGCUUGGGGUGUGUGCCAACGGCCUGCUGAUUUACAGGGACAGACUGAGAAUCAACCGCUUCGCUUGGCCAAAGAUUCUGAAGAUUUCAUACAAGAGGAGCAACUUCUACAUUAAAAUAAGACCUGGGGAGUAUGAGCAGUUUGAAAGUACAAUUGGUUUUAAGCUUCCCAAUCACCGAGCUGCCAAGAGAUUGUGGAAAGUCUGCAUUGAGCACCACACCUUCUUCCGCUUGGUAUCUCCUGAGCCUCCUCCUAAGGGCUUCUUGGUGAUGGGUUCGAAGUUUCGGUACAGUGGAAGGACGCAGGCUCAAACCAGACAGGCCAGCGCCCUCAUUGAUCGUCCCGCUCCUCACUUUGAGCGGUCAGCCAGCAGAAGGUACCUGCUGUCCAGGAGCUUGGAUGGAGCAGAGUUCUCACGGCCGGUAUCGUCCAUGUGUGAGAACCACGAUGGGCUAUCCCGCCGCAGCGCCAGCGAACACCGUCGACUACACAGCCCGUCCGUGGAAGAGCAGGAGACUGAGCUGGAGCCCAGCCUGGAGCAGGACGAGGAAGACAAGUACCAAGAUCUAAGUCAUGAGGAGCAUAAAGACCAUGAUGGCAAUGUCACCCCAAGCAGGAAGAAAGAAAUCAAGGAGGAGGCUGGCUCACCAGCCAACAGUAAACAGGAGCUCUCUCAGUUGGACCAGGAGACCACUCCUCGGCACAAAAAGGAGUUUCUUGAGAAAUCUCCGGAUGUCUUGCUGAAGCACCAGGCCAGCAUUAACGAGCUGAAGAGGGCCUUGAGGGAGCCCAACAGCAAGCUGGUAAACAGAGAGAAGCGUCUUUCUGCAACGUCUCCGACUGGAACUCCAGAGAAGAAGGCUUUGGGGGGCCGAGCAGUGGGAAAAGACCCUGUUAACAGCCCUUCUGUUGAGGGUUUCGUCCAGAAGACUCUGGUGACUUCACCUGAGGGCUCUGAGGAGUGGGUAUUGAUUGAAAAACAGCAACCUUAUCAACUAGACCACGACUGGAGGGCAGAAGAGAAGAACAAAUCACACAUAUCUGACUCUUCGUGGGAGAAAAAGGAGCCGGAAAGAGAGAUAGACAUUACCAAAAUUAUACAUAAAGAGGAAGAAGGUUAUAACAGGAGAGAAGUGAAAAGCCAUAUUGAUAAUUUUCCUUUAACAAGAACACCCAAAGAGGCAGUUGUAUGCUCUGAGACCUGGUCUUCUGCAAUUCAAUUACCUGAGAAUAUAGACUGUCUACUAGACAAAUCUCAAAGUAAACCAUCUCAAGCCUCAAGCCCAGAGGCAAACAGUGAUGCACCUACAGCCUCGUGCCAGAUUAAGGAAAAGAUGGGCUCUAAAUCGAGAAAAAAAGGCAGGCCCCUGAGCCUGAAUAUUGGAAUUCCUGCUGAGCUCGUCAACAAGAAGUCUGGGAGCGAUUCCUCCGGAGAAGAAAAUAAAGAUUCAGAUUCAGACUCAGACAACACAACAGAAAAAACAUCCAAACCAGAAGAUCAAAGUGAUGUAUCUCCAGUGAUCAAAAGAAAAGACAAUCAGGGAUUAUCAAAGGAUCAAUUUGUCACUGCAUAUAAAGACAACAGGAAAGAGGAGUUUGGUGAGGGCAAAGAGGUCUCCAGUCAAGGUGUAGUGCAGGUAAAGAGAAAGGUAAAUCAAAUGGGAAUGGCAACCAUUGAUUUAGGCUUAUUAAAUGGACCUGGAAAUGUAGAACAUGACAAUUCUUCAUCUAGUAAUAAAGCUGAACAUGUGUAUAAGGUCAGAGGAAAGGGUCUCAUCGACAACAAAGAGCUAGCAGAGGUGAAACUUCGACAAGUCCGAACACAUGAACGAAAGGUCAGUAACUCUGGUGGAGAGGAUGUUGAGGGUUUUUUUGGUGAAAGAGGCAACAAGACAUCUCUCCAUCGACUGUCAGGCAGCAGCUACCAGUCAGAGAUCACUAGGAUUGUUCCCCUAAAGCCAGAGCGCUCAAAGAGUGUUGCGUGUAAGGAUGAAAGGGACCAGACAGGGCCGGAGGAAUUCACACGGAUCAUCAAACGAGAAUACCGCUGGUCAGUCGGCUCUCCAGAAGGAUCCUCCGACCUUCACUGGACUGACAGCCUAGCAUUCCCUGGAGAUCCUGAGGGUUUUGCUAAAACAGAACAUCUAGAUGAAGGCUUUCAUAUCGGCAGAGGCCCUACAGAGAGCCAUCAGUUUAGUUCAAAGACUUCAGCGCUUCCCAAAAUGACUCCUCCUGCUCCACCAGUGAAAACGCAGAAAGCCAAGGAGUCUGGGCUAAUACUGAGGAAUAGCAGAAAUGCCGGCAGGGAUCAAAGCCUGGACACAGCCAAGAAGAGACACUCGGAGCCUGUCUCUACUCCCGCCAUAUACGAGGAGCCUUUUGCUGACUUUAAGAGAGAGCCUGGGGAAAGGCGUCCUCAACCGAGCCUUGCCUCGGAGGAGGAGCAGGAGCGAGAUACUCUGGCUUCCAUGAAGGAAACACAGCUGGGCAUUGAGCGCAAAUGCUCCAGCAUGACGGUCAGCUCCACAUCGAGCCUGGAGGCAGAGGUGGACUUCACCAUCAUCACAGACCUCCACUCGGGAAUGGAGGACUUUUCUAAGGGGCUGUCAGAGAUGGGAGAGAGGGAGCGGCACCCAGAGGUUGGACGGGAAGACUUUGAGGAGACUUCCAGGUUCUACUCUGCCCGUCUGAUGGGCUCCAGGGAUAAGUUCCCUAUGGAGGAGAGGCUUCCUGAGGAGGGAACCCAUCAUGAGCCUCCAGUGGCAAAGAAAGACGCCAAUGCUGUGAGUGUGGCCCACAAGCUAAAGAGGGCAGACACCCGGACGGAAACGCACACCAACGGAUCAGAGGUUCACCAGAACAUCAUUGAUGUCUCACCACAGAACCCUUCAAUUGUCAGCUCCACGGAAGCUUCUGUUGUUCCCAAGGAAAAUGGCUCCCCUGUAAAAGCAAGUUCCCAAGGGAGGGAGUCUGUUGUGUCUCCUCUGACCAUCACGGCUGAAAGUAUCACAUCAGCGACCACAACACAAGUUACCAAGACUGUAAAAGGAGGUUAUUCAGAGACCAGAAUUGAAAAAAGGAUCAUAAUCACUGGAGACGAGGAUGUGGACCAGCAUCAGGCACUCGCCAUGGCGAUCCAGGAGGCUAAGCAGCAGCAUCCCGACAUGCUGGUGACGAAAGCAGUGGUUAUCAGGGAAACAGAGUCUCCCACAGAGGAUCUGCAGCGGAAAGCAGAGUGCUGAUCCAACACAACGGCCUCUGAGAUGGGGUUGGAGGGAGACCAGAGAGAAUCCUCCAGCAGAGAGUCUCCCUCCCCACCAAACUGAACAUGACCACCCUCAAAGAGAGGACUCUCUACCCCCCCACUGUGUACUCAUAGACCCCUGAACAGACUGCGUUCCAUGAAGCAGCAGAUUUCCUGUCUUUUCCCUUUAGACGAAACCAACUGUGACCUGGUCUGGACCCCCUGUCCCGUCCAGCAUCAUUCCAGUCCUCCAGCUUCUUUGGAAACAGGAACCGUCUUUUGUUGGAGGAUUCAGCUCGGAAUCGGACGUGUUUUGGCUUGUUUGCACCAACGACCCCCCUCCUCAGAAAGGACUUCUUCCUGUUCAAACAUCUGCAGUCUUAUUGUCUUCACCUUUCUCGCUUCGGUUUGAUUAACUGCUGUCUUAUUAGCUUUUUACAUUUUUACCUAUAGAGGAUCUAAUUUAUGUUCAGUGUUUGCCUGUUUAUGAAUUAUAUCAGAUUAUUAUAGUCUGCAUGAUUCAAAUAAUAAUAGCAGAGGAAAUGAGAAAGAAUACCUACACAGACAGGUUCCAUAAAAACACUGUCAGGGUCUGGUACCAGCCUCCAUUUACAGAACAUCCUUGUCCUCAUCCCAACCUGACUUUGAGCUUUUAGUGACAGCAACAAUGGAGAUGCUGCUCACCUUGUUAGGUUUUGUAGAGAAAUUUUUAAUAUAAAUAUUACGUGCUCUAAGUUUUGCAGAUUUGAUGGUAUAUUUUUACUUUUUAUUUACUUGACUUUGGUUUAAUCUGAAUUUCUUGUGUUUUUUAAAUUUUUAAGUUGUUUUUUUUUUUUUUUCUUGUUGACUCUUCUAAAUGCUGUUACACUGGAGAUUAUUGUGUGUCUUGGGGAAACGUUGCUAGGUAUUGGCCGGUUGCCAUUAUCAGGGUUGACCAAGUAGUUGUCAAAAUAACUACAAUUUUCCACCGUAAUGUUUCAGCCCAUUUAGAUGCUUUUAAUACAUAAUACAUACAAAAGUUACACUGGAGUUUAAUUCAGAGUUCUGUUGCUGCACACUGACAGCCAGAUGGCUGAAAAAUGGCGCAUAUGUUAGUCUCAUACUUGCACAAAUGACUUGUUUUAAGAAAACCCACUAGAGUUAUGGAACUUAAAGCAGAACCUCCAUCAAUGUAAUGUUAUUUUAAAACUCAUUGGUUCAAACUGGUUGGAAAAUAAUUACAAACAAAAGCAUUUAGUUCAAGUAAUUUCUUUUUGUAUUAAACUUUCCCAAUCCUGCAGUCAAGCUGUCAUACGAAGUUAUCUGAUUGACUCAUUCCUAGAUCUCACUAAGAAACUGUGAAUCUAUCUUAACUUGUCGUUCAGGUUUAUUAGGCCACUUAGAUGGCUCAGCACUAACUGCUGCCCAAAAAAGCGACCUCCUUCAGUCUAUGCAAUAUUUGGAGGUGAUCGCUACUUCUACCCAGCUAAAAACCCUGGUUUUGUCCAUAUUUAACCACACUGUAAGAUUUUGUGAAUCAAAAUUAGCAUUAAGUGGAAGUCUUGUGUCUGGUCAGUACACAGAAUGUUUUGGUUAUUUUCAGCUAUAAAUAUAUUACUCUUAACUGAUGCUGUUCAUCCUGCUAACCUUUUUUGGAGCAAGAAUAAGUAGCCGAUCCUAUUUCAAGCAUUUCGUGGUAUGAUAAUCAAAUCUUUUCAAAAUAACAAUACAAACUAGUAUAGUUUGGAUCAUAUUAUUUUAACACACUCCUUGUAAAGUAAAAAAAAAAAAAAAAAGCACCAGACUUGUAUGACUUUCUCUCUCAUUUCUGUUAAAUGAACUUAUGCUGUCAUGGUGUGGACUUUGGGUUUAUAUUUUAAAGCAGCAGUGUAUGUUGAAGUUCUCCCUAGAGAUACAGUGUUGUGCAAAAGUAUUAAAUCCCCUAGAACCUUUAAACAUGUCACAUUACAAAUGAUUUUAUUAAGGGAAGUAAAAAUAAAUGGGCGAAUACAUGUGCACACCAGACUUAAGGUUUCUGUGGUUCUACGAUGAAAUAGGUUGAAAACAAAUCCUGUAAAGCUGAGAGCAUACAGGCCGAUCCAUAUAAAGCAUAGCGUGUUGCCCUGUCACAUACAUCAUUAUGUUCUGAGUGACCUUUAAUGCUAUACUAUGCAUCACAAAUCAGUCAUGAGAAUCCCUGAUUGAGCCCUAACCUUUGUUAAUCCUAAUUGAGUCUGUGCUACUGUUAGUCGAGGCAGUAAAGCUCUCUGCUUGUGAGGUUUUGCAAUAAGCUGCCAUCUUUCCCCAUCUUCUGUCCUCUGAAGGGAGAAAACUGUGAACUCUCACAUGUACCGAAGCGUAACCAAAACCGAAUAAUAACAAUGCACAGCUGUGGAGUGAGGAGCUUUUCCAGCAUGUGUGACCAUGCUUUGUGGCCCUCAAUCAUCCCCCACUACCCCCACAUGAAACUAUUGACCUGCUCCAGACACACCUGUGGACACAAGAGUCCAGACCUGCUACCUUGUAUAUUCUAUUUUACUCUGUUUUAUUUUCUAUUGGUCACAUGACACUGGACUGUUGUGAAGGCAGAGUUUGGAGCAGAUGCUUUGUAAACUAAUUAGGAAGCUGCUCCUGGAAUAAUUAAGGCAUCAAGAAGAAAAACUUAGAGCUGCAGUAUGAAGGUUUGGAUUUCUUUUGUAUUUUCGUCAAACAGUUGAUGCAUUGGGUGCAAUAGAGAGAAGAAUACAAAUGGGUGCCUUAAGUUUUGGGUUGAUUUUUAUGGAAGUAGGAGCAGAGCCUAUUAGCUGAAAGUUUCUAAGAUGAGAAAGAGGUUAUCUAGAAAGAACUACUGACAUUAGAAAAUUGG